UCUCAAACAUACCUGUCGCAUAGUCGGCGUGCAUUCAAUGUUUAUGCCGUGACCUUUGUACCCUAUCAACUAUUUCAAAAUACCGAGCGUAAACAUUUAUUUUCUUCGCAAAGUAUUCCUUUCCCCUUAUAAAAAUGACUGAUCCCCGAAGCAAAGAUUUAAUUAAACUUAGGGGAUCAAUUAAAGGCAAAUUAACGAUAUUUCAAAAUUUCUUAAAUUCUUUAGAAAGCAUAAUAAAUAUAAACGAAACCCAAUUUAACGAACUCGAAUCCCGAUUAAAUAAAAUUGAUUGUCUGCAUAAUGAUUUUGACAAAUUUCAGACGGAGUUGGAAAUGUUGUCUGACGAUCCAGAGCAAUUAAUAUCGGAACGGGAGGAAUUUGAAAACAAAUAUUUUGCAUUAGUAUCGGCGGCGCGCACUAUGAUGAACAAGUAUCAGCGCGACCGGCAGCGCACUAUGUCCAUGUCUGAGUCGAGCGAUGGGGGCAUAGACAGAGAAGUGAUGUGUCGCGACUUCGUUCGGCUGCCCAAAAUUGCAAUCCCGGAAUUUUCAGGGAAGUUUCGGGAAUGGCUUAAUUUUAGAGACACAUACAUUUCAAUCAUACAUUCUUCGAAUCAAUUAGGUGACAUUAAUAAAUUCCACUAUUUAAAAUCUGCCCUUAAAGGCAGUGCUUUGCUUAUUAUUCAAAACUUAGAAUUUACGGCCAAAAAUUACGCUAUUGCGUGGCAAUUAUUAUCAAACAGAUAUGAUAAUGAACGUCUCUUAGUGAAUCAACACAUGAAUGACUUACUUAAUACCGAGAUCAUUCAAAGGGAAUCUUGUCACGCACUAAGAUCUUUAGUAGACAACAUUAACACAAGUUUAUGCGCUCUAAAUUCUCUCGGACAACCCACCGAUCAUUGGGAUACUAUUGUGAUUCAUUUAAUGAUUCGUAAAUUAGACAAUACUACUUUUCGCGAAUGGGAACAACAGCGAAAUGCAAUUACAACUUCACCUACAUUAAAACAAUUUUUGGAUUUCCUAACUAAUCGAGCCGAUUUACUAGAAACUAUACAACAACAAGAAUAUCAAAGACAUUUAACAACACAAAAUUUACAACAAAAUCAACAACAAUUUACAACAAAACAUUUUCAACAGAAUCAACACACACAACAUUCGGACAUUUUAAAAAAUUCAAAUAUAGUCAAAGCAAAUUACACUGAAAACAGAAGAAUACUUUGUCCAUUAUGCAAACAAAAACAUUUCUUAUACCUUUGUGAAGAUUUUAAAAAGCUAGACGUAGACUCACGAAUUGAAAAGGUAGAAAACUUUAACAUCUGCAAAAAUUGCUUAAGACCAGGACAUCGUGAAUACUAUUGUAAUUUAAGUCAUUGUAAAUACUGUUCUAAAAUGCAUAACACUCUCUUGCAUAAAGAUAUUGAAUCCCUUAAAACAGUAGCCUUAUCGUCCAACAUAAAAACCGAUAAUAACAAGCCCUAUGUACUGCUUUCCACAGCCUUGGUGAACGUUGUUGCGAGUGACGGGAGCUUACAUCCCGCACGUCUCUUGCUUGACAACGCGUCCACUGCGCACUUCGUCACAAGUCACCUGUGCGAUAGACUCGGCCUAACGCGCCGUCACGUAAACUCAUCUGUGACAGGUAUAAAUAAUCAAAUAUCCUUCAGUGCAGAGUCUUGUAAUCUAUCUAUCGAGUCACGCACAGCGGACUAUAGAAUUAAUUUAAAUUGCUACGUUUUGCCCCACAUCACGAAUUCGUUACCACCUAGUAAUGUAGAUAUAAAUUCUAUUCAACUGCCACCUAACAUUCAGCUAGCAGAUCCGUCCUUUCACAUGUCGUCGCCUAUAGAUAUUUUAGUCGGUGCAGACGUAUUUUGGGACGUAAUAGGAUGCAAUUUCAUAAAUUUAGGUGAGCAACGUCCUAAGUUACAAGAAACCCAAUUCGGCUGGCUAGUUUCAGGCACCGUUACGAAACAUAAAAUAAUCGACCCCAAAAAUUUAGAUCAAUCGUCAUGUUUUUUUUCUCAAAUUAACGAUCUCUCCCUAACACGAUUUUGGGAAUUGGAAUCAAUCAAUUCAAAAUAUAGUUUAUCGCCAGAAGAGCAAGCUUGCGAAAAACACUUCGUUGAAAACACGCGGCGCGAAGUUGAUGGCCGCUUUGUAGUUACAAUUCCUUUAAAGGAGUCUCCCGAAGUUCUAGGCGAUUCUUACCAAAUAGCAAAAGGGCGAUUACUAUCAUUAGAACGGAGAUUUCUUCGUGAUUCUGUAUUAAAAAAUAGGUAUUUAGACUUUAUGAUUGAAUAUGAACGAUUAGGACAUAUGAGCGAUAUUUCAACGCUGCCAAAACAAAUCGAAUCUCAAAGUCAUUCCAAUUAUUUAGUUCAUCAUGGUGUAACUCGCGAAUCUAGUAGCACUACUAAGUUACGUGUCGUAUUUAACGCGUCUAACCCCACUUCUAAAGGCGGCAAAACCUUUAAUAGCAUACAAAUGGUUGGCCCUGUCGUCCAAGAUGAUUUACUUUCCAUUUUAUUGCGUUUUCGACAAUAUAAAUAUGUAGUGUCAGCGGAUAUUGAAAAAAUGUACAGAGCCAUUCUAAUUAAUCCCUCUCAACGAUCAUUACAAAAAAUUCUAUUCAGAUAUCAUCCCGGUGAUGAAAUAAGAACAUUUACA